AUGGAAUCAGCAGAUACCUCACUUUCAAUGCUAAUCUCGGUUGAAGAUCUAGCAAGAAGGAUAUUUGGAGAUGAUAAGAAAAGUAUUAAGGCAGAUGCAUUUGACAGCCUUAAAAUCAUUGAUGUAAGUGCAGGAGGAGAUCCAGCAGCAGAAGCUUUUAAAACAAAGGCUAUCCCAAAUGCUUUGUUCAUCCACGUCUUCAAGACCUUAAAGGAUAAGGAUGGCAAGUACCCAAAUGCUUUCCCUCCAGCAGAAGUUGUCAAGGAGCAUCUUGAAGCAUUAGGAAUUAACAAGACUGAUGAGUUGGUUCUCUACUCUCAUCCUGGCAAGCAUUCAGGAGCCACGCGAGCAUAUAUCAUCUUUAACCAUUACGGGCUUAAUGUAAAGAUUCUUGAUGGAGGCUUAAAGAAAUAUGAAGAACUUGGAUAUCCAAUCCAAGAAGGUACUGAAUACACAGGAGAGAAGUCUACGAUUGACUCACUUGAAUCAUCUGAAGACCUUGUUGUCACUCUUGAAGAGAUGCACAACUUCGAAGAAGGUAAAGUGGAUACCUUCCAAGUUGUUGAUUGCAGAGGAGCCAAAGACUUCAAUGGGGAAGCCAAUGAUAAUAUUGAAGGCUGUAGACAAGGAAACAUUAAAGGAGCUAUCAAUAUUGAGGCAUCUGAAUUCUUGAAUAAAGAUGGUACCUUCAAAUCUGAAGAAGAGAUUACAGGUUUAGUAGAAAAAUACAAGUUAGAUCCUGAAAAAGAGACUGUAUGAAUGUGCAGAACAGGCAUUGCAGCAACUGUGGGAGUAUUUGGAUUUAAGAAAGCCCCCUCUAUUGGAUUUCCAAAGGUUAAGCUUUAUGAUGGUAGCUGGAGCGAGUACGGAUCAAAUUACUAAGUCUGGG